AUGCCCAACCCGCGCGUCUACUUCGAUGUCUCCAUCCAGGGCCACUCGGCCGGGCGGAUCGUGAUGGAGCUGUUCGCAGACGUUGUUCCGAAGACUGCAGAGAAUUUCCGAGCAUUGACGACGGGCGAGAAGGGCGUCGGAAAGACGGGCAAGCCGUUGUCAUACAAGGGAUCGAAGUUCCACAGGGUGAUUCGCAAGUUCAUGAUCCAGGGAGGCGACUUCACCGCGGGCAACGGAACCGGCGGCGAGUCGAUCUACGGCGAAAAGUUCGAGGACGAGAACUUUGACCUCAAGCACGACAAGCCGUUCUUGCUUUCGAUGGCCAAUGCCGGUCCCGGCACGAACGGCAGCCAGUUCUUCAUCACCACGGUACCCACACCGCACUUGGACGGCAAACACGUCGUCUUUGGCCGCGUGCUCCACGGUCGCUCCGUCGUCCGCCUGAUCGAGGAAUCCCCCGUCAACGGCGACGCGCCGACGGAGGAGAUCCUCAUCGCUGACUGCGGCGAGCUGGCGGAGGGCGAGGACGGCGUUAUGGCGGAUGAGUUUGCGGAUGGGCACGAGGAGUACCCGAGUGAUGAUGAGAGCGAUAUCAACGACCCGAAGACUGCGCUCAAGGUCGCAAUGGAGAUCAAGGAGCGCGGCACCGACCUCUUCAAGAAGGGCAACUUUGAGCAGGCGCAAAAGAAGUACAUCAAGGCGCUGCGAUACCUUGACCGGCACCUCGACCUCCAAGCUCGCGACCUCGAGCUGGAAGGACAAUUCGCGACUCUCCGCCUCUCGAUCCUCCUCAACUCCUCUCUCACCGCCCUCAAGGUCCCCGGCACGACGUCCGCCCAACUCGGCGUCAAGCAAGCGACUCGCGCACUCUCGCUCGACGCAGACCCGGAGGAACACCCGAUGCACAAGAAGUUGACAGAUGCGGAGAAGGCCAAGGCGUUGUACAGGAGGGCGAUGGCGAGUAUUGUGCUGAAGGAAGAGAACGAGGCGAUUGCGGAUCUCGAGCUGGCGAGCAAGCUGCAGCCUGAGGACGGCGGUAUCAAGGCUCAGUUGAACGCGGCGAAGAAGCGCGUUGAAGACCGGAAGGCAAAGGCUCGCCAGGCCUACGCGAAGAUGUUCAACUGA